AGAUGGUGGAAGACGUGUUACCAUCUGACAAUUUAAUAGUAUGGAACACAAUGAGAUGAGUGAUAAAUCCUAUAGAGGAAAUGUUCUGGUUGAAGAAACCCAACAGAAGCCUGGAGAUUCCUCCUAUGUAGCAGCAAUACUCUUAUUGUUCUUUAGGUGCUAUGUAAGUGAGAAACUCCAAAUCUCUCCAGAAGAAAGAAGAGGAGAACUGUAAUAAAAAGGAGUGUGUCUGAGUUUGCUGCAGCAUCAGGAGAGGGAGACAGAGACACCAUGACUUCUACCAAGAUGCUGCUGCUCUUGCUGUCCAUGGCUUUUGUAGCCUUGUGCUCUGCUCAGGGCAUCAAUGAUGAAGUCCCUCAAGAGGAAAAACAGACACCCCAAGUAUUAGGAGAUGAUGAAUUAUUGGAAGAAAACCCAGAGAAAUCCCAAGUCAAAUCUCAAGAGGAAAACAGGAAUGAGAGAGACAAACCUGGAGAGAAAGGCCACGGUCAAGCAAACAAGCCUCAUAACCAGGGUCUCCAGGGAGGCCUGAAAGACCCAUUUGGCAGUGGUGUCCCCAACGGCCCACAUGGCUCACAUGGCCCCAGAGGCCCACAUCGCCCUGGUGGCCCCAAUGGGCCAGGUGGCCAACAAGGACCAGGUGGCUAGCAAGAACCAGAUAGCCAACAAGGACCAGGUGGCCAAGGUCAUCCGGGUGGCCAACAAGGCCAACAAGCUGCCGAGAAAGGACCAGGUGCCCAGGGAGACCAGCAGGGAAGAGAUGACCAGCAUGGUCAGCCCGGUGGCCAGUGACAAAGUAACCUUACUAAGGAGGUCCUCCGGUGAUUCUCUAGAAAUGGAUAGACAUCAACUGAUGACCAUGGACUGUUCAGUGGUGGAAACAUGGCCUUUCC